AUGUUGAAUGGACAUCUCGAUCAGGCAUACUUGCCGGAUCUUGCUUCUACCUUCGAUCGCUUCAACAUCAGCGCCGAGUUCUACGCUACGCAGUGGUUCUUGACGCUCUUCGCCUAUUCGCUUCCCUUUCCGCAACUGCUCAGAGUUUGGGAUCAGUUCUUGUGCCGUGGGAUGAAGCUCUUCAUUCUGGCCGCUCACCGUGUUCCUAUGGCGAAGAAGCAGAAAGCUUCCCUGCAGAUUGGAGCUCUUGUCUUCGGGCUUCAUGUUGCCGUGGCUUGGGUUCCCGGCCGGACAUGGGUUGGUUAUCCGUGGCCCGGCGGUUCCCGCAUCGUGAGGACCUGCUGCCGCGCCAGCGCGAGCCUCCUUCAUCGGGGCAGCCGGCUGCUGUCAGGCAAAAACAAAUGGCUGGGCGGCGUGCUUGGCCUAGAUGGCAACAUCUAUUGUAUACCUUGCAACAAAGAUGCAGUGCUUCAGAUCUCCACUACGGACAGUCACAUAUCGACUUUCGGAAGCUUCGCGGAGCAGGGCACCUUCAAAUGGUCACGGGGUCUGAUGGCCGGCAACGGCAACAUUUUUGGUAUUCCAGCGCGCGCAAAGUCAGUGCUGAAAAUUUCACCUACUACCAAAGAGGUUAGCACCUUCGGUAGUCUGCCUGAGGGGAAGUGGAAAUGGCAUGGAGCUGUUGUUGCGCCGGAUGGUGCCAUCUACUGCAUUCCAGCCGAAGCUGAAUCGGUUCUGCGAAUUGAUCCGGAAAGUGAUCGAGCCGAGACAAUAGGUGACAAAAUGCCCGGACGAUGGAAAUGGUACGGAGGCCUACUGGGAUCUGAUGGCUGCAUCUACGGCAUGCCGUACUAUGCCAACAGCGUGCUUAAGAUCGACCCUCAAACAGGCAAGGUGAGCACCAUCGGCAACUUGCCGGAGGGUAGCUGGAAGUGGCAUGGUGGGGUGGUAGGGGCGGAUGGAGCCAUCUAUGGAAUUCCUGCCCAUGCAGAGACAGUUCUCAAGGUCGUUCCUGCCACCGGCGAGGUUAAGACCAUAGGAGGCCCUUUCCCUGGAAAGUACAAGUGGCUGGGGGCUGUGCUUGGCAGCAACGGCUGCAUCUACGGCAUCCCGUACAAUGCACAGUCGAUCAUGAAGAUCUCUCCCAACGCAGAGGACGUGGAGUUGAUUGAUGUUCCGCUCAAGGGGAGAAACAUGUGGCAAGGUGGUGUUCUCGGCCCUGAUGGAGCUGUGUACUUCAUCCCGAGAUGGGCUCAGCACGUCUUGAGGAUCAAGGACGACAAGGUGUCGGUCGUCCGCGGCGAUCCCAUUGCUGGUUGGAACAAAUUUCAAGGAGGUGUACUUGCCAAGGAUGGUUGCAUGUACGGAGUCCCGCAAGAUCUGGAUGCAAUUCUCAAGAUCCAGCUGCGCUGCCUUUGCCAGUCAUCGCAGCUCUCGCCAGAGGCGGGUGAUGUGCCACAAUGUCUCAAAUUGGCUUGGUACGUUACGGCUGCCAGCAUGGUUAAUCACAACGGUAUGAUCUGCCCGCGGAAGGGCGAGAAUGACCUCUCCCAGAAUCCAGAGAAGCUCGUAUGGGAUGAGGAGACCGUGAUACUUCCCGGUGGCCACGAGCGCUACAGCGGGUGGUUGAAGACUCCCCUCGUACAUGACCUGGCCAUGUCACCCUACGAAGCGGUGCCCUACAUUUGCCUCCGAGUAAAUGGAAUCCCUGCGACACAGCAGCCUGCCCAGAACGGGCCACUGCUAAUCCACUGUGGUGGGCCAGGAAGCGGCAAGGAAUGCCUGCCGAAGAAAGGCUUCGACAUUCGCGGCGAAGGCAAUGCCAGCGACCUGAACUCCCAUUUCGAUUGGUGGGCAAUCGACCAGCGAGGGGUUGGACUGGGAGGCCGAUUCUCAGGAGCGCCCGACGACAACGUCACAACACCUCCGUGCCCCUUCAAGUAUCCAUCCGGAGAAGAUAUCCUUCCCUUCCCGGAAUUCCACUGCAACGAGAUCGUGACGUCACCGCUGAACUUGGAGCAGAUCAUCCAGCUGAUGAUCGGCACGGAUGCAUCGGAAAGUGAUAUUGCAGAGGCGAAGGAGUACGUGUAUCCAAUUUUGGCCUUCGGUGGGCUGGCGGAGACCAACGAAGGCAUCAUGGCCUUCAACGAGACCUACGUCCGAUGGUUCUACCGUCUGCUCAAGCUGGAGCACAGUCUCUGCUACACAGCCCCACGAUACAAGUUGACCUCACCCAGUGGACGUGAGUACAACGUCCUCCGCUUUGGUGGGACUAUCGACCUGGCCCAAGACAUCGACCAGUUCCGACGCGCGAUCGGAGCGCCGAAGAUGUCUAUUUAUGGCAUGUCCUACGGUACUGCGGUCGGGGGGUCCUAUGGCACGGUCUUCCCGAAGUACGUGGGGCGGUUGGUCUUGGAUGGAGUCCUUGACCCUUUCCCGGAUGUGGAGAGGAGAGGCGAGCUUUUUGCGAGGGGCAUCACUGCGACCUGGAACGGUAUCACCUCAGCCUGCGACCUUUCCGUCCUCGAAACAGGGGAAGACCUUUGCCCAGCGGCGCCGCUCUCUGAAUCCAAGGCCCUGCGCCUGAUUCAAGACUCCACACAUCCGCUCCGAGCUUCCCUCAUCAUGAAGCUGGCGAAGCUGGCUAUCUUCAAGUACCCGUGGCCUCUGGCUAGUGUAACCUUGUCCUGUGUUGAGAAGUUUUCCUCGGGGAAUGCCGCAGACGAUUGCCCAGACUGGCUGGAGAGCAUUGUUCCCACGGUUCCCGACUUCAGAUCGAAUGACACGGACAUGAGCUCGAAUAUCUCCGACUUGAUCUCGAAUGUCACGGACGCGAACAAUUCAGAUGCGAAUUCCACGAGCUCGAACUCCACUGAAACGAGCCCGCGGCGUAUUCGACGCGAGUGGUUCCACCUUAGCCAGCAGGCCUUGGUCAUGGGGACGGACACUGCCGGGCGGCUGAACGAGGAGGCAACUGUUCGAUGGUGGAAGGAGUCUUUAGCAAUGCAGCCCUUGGGAACGCCCUGGGCAUUGGCCUGGGUUGUGGCCAUCAGCACCUGGCCGGGCAACGCGCGUCCGGUCCCUCCCCUCGGCUCCGCGAGUAUCAGCCCACUGGUCGUAGGGAAUCUGCACGACCCGAACACCGCUUACACCAGCGCACAGCUUGCGCGUAGUGCCUUCCCGCAGGGCCACCUGAUGACUUGGCAGGGGUAUGGGCACUGCAUUGGCCUUAUCGGACCUUUGGGCGAGAUGCUGUCAGAAAGCUACAAGGAGGCAGAAGAGAGCAACCAGUUGAUGAACUACACAUUUUCCUUGGCGAAGUUUGCUUGUGUCUCGAAAAUCCAGGACUACUUGGAGACUGGAGAGCUCCCACUCGAUGGACACACUUGCCUCGUCCCCAGGCUUCUGGACACCGGGAGCGCACCCGUGGCCAAAGGUCUCUUGUUCAUGCAGAAGCUCUAUGACAUCAAUGUCACAGACACCGAUCCCUCAACGGAAGUGAUCUAA